AUGAAUUGCCCCUCACGGACAGACGACACCCUCCAGCAUCCAAGCUGGAACCAGAGUCCACCGCCCUUCAGUCCAGACACCACGACUCGGAAUGACUUCAAUGGCCUAACCAAUUCGCGAGUCCAUCGCAGACACGCCAAUUCCGCCAAUGCAGCAGGGGAAGACACGUUAUCCAUUGACGAGAGACCGCACAGUCUGCACGAUCGGGAUCCCCCGCCAAAAAAAGUCCCCAGUGGCGCGGUGAUCACUGCGCUCUCGGGAGGUGAUUCACCCCCGACGACCAGCGGAUCACCUCGCCGUCCUUUCUUAACUUAUUUCAAAGACUCUUCUCUGCACUGUGCCCGGAGCCUGGCCAAAUUCGCCCGAUUCAUUGGGCCCGGCUUCCUCAUUGCUGUUGCGUAUAUCGACCCGGGAAAUUACGCCACAGAUGUCGCUGCCGGUGCAGAUUUCAAAUAUGCCUUGCUGUUCAUCGUUCUCGUUUCCAACCUCUUUGCUAUUCUGCUUCAGUCCCUUUGCAUUAAGCUGGGCUCUGUGACUGGCCUCAACUUGGCAGAGAACUGCCGAGCCCACCUGCCAAAAUGGAUGGUGAUUAUUCUUUAUAUACUGUCGGAAGCGGCCAUUGUUGCUACUGAUAUCGCGGAGGUGGUUGGAUCGGCGAUUGCGUUGAACUUGCUUUUAAAUAUCCCCUUGGUGGCUGGAUGUGCUAUCACGUUGGUUGAUGUUCUCUUUAUUCUCAUCUUUUAUCGUCCCAAUGGGGCGAUGUGGGGACUGCGAUUGUUCGAGUUCUUCGUCAUGGCGUUGGUCUUGGGUGUCGUUGUUUGCUUCUGCAUUCAGCUUUCUCUGGUGCGGGAUCAAUCAGUUGGUGAAGUCUUCCGGGGUUAUCUGCCUUCUUCGGCCAUCGUUCAAUCAGAAGGUCUCUACCAGAGUUGUGGGAUCCUUGGUGCCACAGUUAUGCCACACUCACUCUUCCUGGGAAGUGGAGUGGUCCAAUCUCGUCUGAAGGACUUCGACGUCACAGCCGGUUACGUGGAGGCCACGGUGCCUCUGGGCAGCACUGGCGGCGAAGUCGAGUAUCGUCCCUCGAUCCAUGCCAUCCGCGGCUGCAUGAAAUACUCGAUCAUCGAGCUCGCUCUGUCUCUUUUCACCUUCGCACUGUUCGUGAACAGCGCCAUUCUCAUUGUUGCCGGAGCAGCUCUUUACCAAGUCCCUGGCGGCGCUGAUGCCGAUCUCUUCGGUAUCCACAAACUGCUCUCCCAGUCAAUCGCACCCGCCGCCGGGUUAGUAUUUGCCCUGGCUUUGCUAUUGUCGGGUACUUCAGCUGGAAUUGUUUGCACGAUUGCCGGGCAAAUGGUCAGCGAGGGAAUGCUCAACUGGACCAUUCGACCUUGGCUUCGAAGACUCAUCACCCGCUCCAUCAGUAUCAUCCCCAGCAUUAUCAUUGCUGGAGCUGUUGGUAAGGAUGGUCUGAACAAGACUCUGACUGCAAGCCAGGUUGUUUUGAGUGUCAUCCUGCCAUUUGUCUCUGCUCCGUUGAUCUGGUUCACCUGCUUGAAUCGCUACAUGACUGUUAAGACUGAAGAACCUAGCGAACAAGAGGAUGAAGUGGAGGUAACCGAAGUUCCGAUGCGGAACAAUCUAUUUACUUCGGUCAUUUCGGUCAUUGUGUGGGUUAUCAUCGUUGUGAUGAAUGUAUCCCUGCUCGUACUCGUGGGAAUGGGCAAGGCAUCUUGA